GUUAUUAGUCCAGAUCACCACUGAGCUGAGACCUGCAAACACCUGAUCCUUUUAUCCAGAGUUUACAGUGUAAUGUGUGCGUGGCAGUGGUGUCACAGAGGAGGAGUCAGCAGCGCCUCUCGCGCACACUCACACUGUUGGAUCCACGCUGAUGAACACAUACGCUUACCUCUGAUCCUCCUGAAGCAAUUUACGCGAAUUGAACUUACGAGAAACUCUUGAUUGUUGAAUAUCAGCUUCGAUGUCGCUGGUGUAGUCUGAAAGUUUGGUUUUCCUGCGGAAGUCCUGAAUGCAUCUUGAUUUUCUGCGAGUAGUACUACUGAGCUCCUAACAGGUGUUGGGGCACGCCGCCCGGAGAGUGAACAUGUCCAAUGGGAAAGGUGCAAAUGCUGCAGAAACCUCCUCACAGAUGACCCUGAAAGAGUGCCUGGACGAGUGUAUGGAGGCUUUGGAUCUCUUCCUUAAUAACCACUUCAGCGAGAGCCUGGAGAGGCUGCGGCCAAGAGUGAAUGAGAGUAUGUACCAUGCUCUUAUCUACGCCACAGUGCUGGAAAUGCAGGCCAUGAUGACUUUCCAGCCUGAUGACAUCAGCAAUGCAGGAAAUACCAUGAAGAGUGCCCAGGAGGUCUGUCAGAGGUUUCGACGGAAAUCCCCAGGUUUGGCUAACAAGUCAGCAGGGGAAUCACUCACUGAAGUGCAGCUUCAUGCUGAAGUGUGUUAUGCAGAGUGCCAACUCCAGAGAGCGGCUCUCACCUUCCUACAGGAUGAGAACAUGGUGAGUUUCAUCAAAGGAGGAAUCAAAGUACGAAACAGUUAUCUGAUUUACAAAGACCUACAUACCUUCAUAAAAUCUCACAACUGUCUCAAAGGAUCGAGCCACGUUCACUUAGAGGGAGGAAUAUCAUUUGGAAUAGGGGCGUUUAAUCUGACACUCUCCCUAUUUCCUCCACGGAUACUCAAAGUGUUGGAGUUUGCAGGCUUUUCAGGAGACAAGGAAUAUGGUCUGUCCCUGCUGCAUGAUGGUGCCACAGGGGUGAAUCUGCGCUCCAUGCUCUGUGCUCUGCUGCUGCUCUGCUAUUACACCUUUCUCACGUUCAUACUAGGUAGGACAGGUGAGGGAGAAGUGGCUGAAGCUGAAAGGCUGCUUAAACCUUUUCGGCUCCGCUACCCCCGGGGAGCAAUAUUCCUCUUCUUUGCAGGCAGGACUGAGGAGAUCAAAGGAAACAUUGAUGAGGCAAUAGCACUCUUUGAAGAUGGCUGCAAGGCCCAGCAGGCAUGGAAGCAGUUUCACCACAUGUGCUACUGGGAGCUGAUGUGGUGCUUCACCUAUAAGCGUGCAUGGAAGAUGGCCUACUUCUACGCAGACCUACUGAGCCAAGAGAGCCGCUGGUCCAAGGCCAUGUAUGUGUACAUGAAAGCUGCUUACCUCAGUAUGCUGCCUAAGGAUGAGGCCAGGCCAUUUGGAGAGGAUGAGGUAGAUCUCUUUAGACAAGUGCCCACCUUCAAGCAGAAGAUAGCAGGGAAGUCUCCUCCGACUGAGAAGUUUGCUAUUCGUAAAGCCAGACGCUACAAGGCUCCACACCCAGUCAAGCUACCAGUACCAGUGCUGGAGAUGAUGUACAUGUGGAAUGGUUUCAGUAUGAUCAGCAAGCGACCAGAGCUGACUGAAGGCAUGAUGCAGACUUUGGUGGAGGCAGAGCGCACCCUGCUGGAGUCUCCUGAAAAUCAGUAUUCAGUGGAUGACCGCUGCCUGAUCCACCUGCUGAAGGGUCUGUGUUUCAAGAACCAGGGUCUACUCCAGGCUGCUGAGGAAUGCUUUAACAAAGUGUGUUCCAGUGAAAAGAAGAUCAAGUUUGACCACUACCUGGUGCCCAACUCUCUGGUGGAGCUCAGUCUGCUCUACAUAGACCGAGGCAGAAGGGACGAGGCUAUUAAACUACUGCACAAGACCAAACAAAACUACAAAGAUUACUCAAUGGAGUCUCGUACACAGUUCAGAGUACACGCUGCUCUGGCAAAACUCAAGGCUGACCCUGGUGAUGAUGAAGACACUCGUCUGUAAGAAGACAUUUCUUCAUGACUGCAAAGGCUCUUCACUAAUGGACUCUCCAUUUCCCUCACAGCUGUGGCUGUUUUUAGCUUGAUAUAGUUUUUAACUUAUAUGCAUUUUUUAGCAACUGAAUACUGGGUAUUUCAGGCGUAUUCGUGUCCUAAUCUGCUCUAACAUGUCACUGGGCAAAGGUACAACCUGAAUGUUUAUAAGUGCUUUCAAGGGAAAUAAACAUGGAAAGUGGACAUUGAGUCAAGGGACCUUGAAUUUCCCUGCCUUUCACAGGUUAGCACAUGGAUGUAUAUAAAGUAGACAUUUAAUUUUAUGGACAAUGUCUUUGUCACUAACGUUGAAGAUUAAAGAACACUAAAUCAACAGUUGAUUUAUAGUCACUAUAAAUAUCAAAUGUAAUAAAUUUUCUGACUUAAUGAA